UGUAACUUAACCUCAAAGUCAAACAAACCUGUAGCCCUGUAGGUUUGUUUAGGACGUUUAGGUUAAGUAAGAAGAGGGUGAAGAGGCACGACGCGAGGUCAAUCCGUGAUAGGGAGCCUAUAUUUUUCACAUAGAUCAUAGACCUCAUAAAAUACUUAAUUAGAAUAAAAUGUAUUAUUAUCAUUAACAAAAGCUGAACUUAAAACGCUCGUCAUACACAAUGAACAAGUCAAGAAUUUUGAGAAUCGGUUUGCUAUGCAUCCUUGUGUUUUGUUUCUUGACUGUCUAUAUUUACAAAAAGGUUUUAAACGAAAGGAAAUUAGAUAAGAAGAUAUAUUCAGACAAGUGGAGCCAUGACCAGACUAUUUACACAAACAGACAAGAAUAUGUGAAUAGAUUAUGUAAAAAGUUUCUGAACAAUAGCUCAGAAGUUGAGAAAAUUGAUUUGAUUUUAAACAACAGAGAACUACUUGAACAUAUACUUGUAGAUUCCAAACAUAAAGUUCUCUACUGUUAUGUACCUAAGGUGGCGUGUACCAAUUGGAAGAGGGUUUUCAUGGUCAUGAUAGGAAUGACCAAGACAUCGGACAUAUUAGCCAUCCCUCCAUCAACUGUUCAUCAACAACAUUACAUCCCCUCUCUCAUUAAUUUUACAAGUGCUCAAGUCCAGGGAAUGCUCCGAACAUAUACUAAAUUUAUCUUCGUUCGCCAUCCGUUCGAAAGGCUCGUAUCUGCCUAUAGAAACAAGUUUGAACAGCAGUACAACAGUUCAAAGUACUUCCACAAUCGAUUUGGUCGUAAGAUUGUUAAAAUCUUCAGAAAUAAUCCUUCGCCUCUUUCACUACUGAACGGUGACGACGUGACUUUUGCAGAGUUUGUUGCUUAUUUGACAUCUAAAAACAGUGUAUUUAAUGAGCAUUGGAUGCCCAUCAAUAAACUGUGUGAACCGUGUUUAGUGAACUACGAUUUUAUAGGUAAAUAUGAAACAUUGAAUGUCGAUGCUCAAUAUUUUUUGAACUAUGUCGGAAGUGAUAUAUUAUUUCCAAGAAUUAAACCCACCAAUACAUCCAGUCUUGUAACUAAAUCCAUGUCUCAAUUACCGUAUAACAGUAUUAUUAGUUUAUAUAAAAUAUACUAUAACGAUUUCAAACUAUUCCAAUAUAGCUUACAAAGUUAUCUAGGAUAUGAGCUAGAAUGAAAUUUAAUUAAAUUGAAAUUUAAUGCUGCCUAAAAUAGUCCAAGAAAAUUCAAGAAAUUAAAUCAUGAUAAAAUAUGUGAAAACCUACUGUGAAGGUACCAUUCCUAAGCAACGUGUAUAGCGACUCUAGCCGUGACUGGGGUCACACAACCCAAGUAGCUUGGACUGCUUGCAUGAGCAGUUCAGUCACGCCAGCCCAUACAAUUAAGUGUCUGCUUCAACACACACAUUAUCAGGUUUAUCUUGUAAUGUUCUCAGAUUAAACAAUUUUCAGAUUAGUAUAUUGUUUUUGAAUUUUUAUGUUUCAUUGUAUACUGUUACCUUUGACUAUGUAAAUGGUGUACAUAGUCAGAAUGAACUUUUUCAAAAAAAAGCUUGUAUAUAUUUAAUCGUCCUGUAAAAGAUAACUCUCGACUUGAUUAACAUUUUUUAAAGUUCCGCUAUGCGUUGUGAUGCUUACAGUGGACAUGGCCUUUUGUUAAUCAUGUUUGUCCUUCCACCUUUUCUUGCAAUACAACAAAGGUAACACAUUUGCUGUACCUGUCAACUACGGGAGUUAUGGCCCCUACAGUUUUUGCUUAGGAAUAGUACCUUAAGGUUGGGAACACACUACACGAUUUUAUUGCAUGGGUAGGAAGGUAGUAAACACACCGUACAAGAAAGUUACACCACAGUAAUAUUAUAAUAAAAACAUAGUUAGUAUUAAAAAAUAUUGACAUUACAUCUUGUUAAAGAAAUGAGUUGAGGUAAUUUAAUUUAAAAUAACGAUAGAACAAAGAAAACACCAUAAAUUAGCUUGAAGUUAACAAAGUAAAAGAAUUGAGAAAUUUAUAUGUAAAUUACCGAACUUAUAUAAACAUUAUCAAACAUCAUAGUUGUAUUCGAUACAAACCCUAAACCAAAUCGCACAAUUAAUUAAUGUCAAGAACACUUGCAGUUAGUAAAGUAAAAAACACAGUAAUUAUAACUUAUUACUUAUAACUUAUAAGUUAUUGUAAUUAUAACUUAACAAAUACAAAACUUACCCGUAUGUAAAAAUAAACAGCAAAAAUUUAUUUUUAUAUUUAAGAUAAACUGAUCCUAAUAAUUUUAGUAGAACUUGCAGUAAAAAAUUUGUUUGAAUAAUUGAGAAAAUGUCAUGUUAAAUAUAAAAGCUAUGUGAUAAUGAGGAGUAUCGCUUGGUGUGACUGCCUCCACAAGACUGCAUAUGGGAGUGAACAUUUGAAACAUUCGUUUUUAUGUCCCUGGCCUUUUACUUCGUAGAUACUGAAUAUGUAGUUUAUAUGUAAUAUGUAGGUUCUAGGUAUUUUUUUUGUAUUUUUAAAGUCUCAAAACUCACGACCGUCACGUAUCCCUAGGGUACAUUUUGCAGCUUUCAUGCUGUUUUUAGAAUAAUUAUUCAUGCCGAAAUAUAUAUAAUGUCAUAUUUUUAUUACAUCAAUAGUUAUUAAAUUUACGAAAAAGGAGCAUAUGAUAAUUUUUGUUUUCAUUGAAAACUGACUACCAUGACUAAAUAGGUCUGUCCCUCGAUUUGACGUCACGACCAUUAGGGAAAAAUUUGCAACUUUGGAGCGCGACAGUGGCAAGCCUGGCAUUGACAGAGUCAGUUGGUUUUAGAGAAUAGUUCGGGGUGUACGUCAGGAUUGUAAUGCCGGUCGUUUCGAGUUGAAAGGAGGAAUUACAAUAUUAAUAAAGGCAAGUUUCAUGACCAUACGUAGUCAUUCGAUGAAGUAGACACGGUGUUAAUUUGUAUUUAUAAGAUGUUUCCACUUUUUAUUCUCGAACAUGAGGUGCAGGGCUACCGCCAGAACAGAGCCAAAUAACGUGUAAUGUCACGACCAUCGCGGGUUUUUUCACGACCAAUCCAGCCUUAUGGAUUAUACUUUGUUUGGUCGUGACAAUAACUUAAAUAUCAUUGUAAAUUGAACAGUGUAGUUAAAUUGAAUCAUAUAUUUUUAUUAUAACUAACAGUAUAAUUGAAGGAUUGUUUAGAAGUAUUUAGAUUAUUCCAGACAAUUUACGACCGUACCGCUUGUCCCUGUGAUUUCUAUCAUAAAAAUUUCAAAAAUUAAUAUAUCAUCAUAUUUUAAUGUUGUAUACACAAAAGAAGCACACCUCUAUAAAAACAUAACGAUUUAUCGGGUCUCAUGUAAGUUUUUUCAGAGUUAACGAACUUAAAAAGAUUUUAUUGCCUUUUUUUAUUUUUUUCUAGAAAGACCAAAUAUACCAAAAUCUUAGUGAGCUGUUUAUUUUAUAAUGGCCAUAAAAGUUAAUUAAUUUAUAGAAAAACAUAGUUAUAAAAAUAAUAUUAACUAUUUUUAAUAUUCAGUUUUAUGUCCCUAAUGGUCGUGACAAAAUUUUGUGUUUUUCCAUCAAAGAUGCUCUAUUAAUAAAAAAUCACCAAAGAUAUUGUGUUACCAUGGACAUUUUAUGAAACUUCAAAAGUUAAUGAAAUAAAAAAAUUAUAAAAGUUUCAAAAAUCGGAACAAAAAAUUUUAAAAGUGCUUUUCCUGAAAACGUACGUUUCAGAAUUUUCACUCAUAUGCCAUCCACUUGUUUUCCCCAUUCAUACAAGAAUAUCGCUCGAGUUUGUUGCAUUAUGCGAUUUCCCCGCACUAAUGUGACAUAAGAUUCUAUGAGUUCUACUUUCAAGCAAUCUACACUAAAAAAAAACGUCCAGUGUGAUCUCAGCUAAUAUUAACAAGUUAAAAGUACAUAUUUAAUACUCCAGAACAUAUGAUCAACCCUCCAACUCUACAAGAUUUUCUUCCAUCAUUUUUGUACAGGGUGAUUUUUUACUGGUGUGAUAAAAAAAGAAACAAAUUAAUGAAAAAUAACUUCUAUCACCAUGGUAACGCAUCAAUUCAUGCACACUUUCCUACUACUGAAGGUGUAUUCCGUCCGUAAAUAUUGGAUGCUGACUUCCAAGUUGUAUCGAGUCUUUGGCUUGUUAGCAUAGAAUAGUGACUUAACAUAUCUCACAGACAAUAAUAUCGCGACAUUAUUAGAGCCAGUUAACAUUACCUCUAUACGAGACAAUGACCCCCAAUGUCCACAAGACCUCCAUACCAUUGAGGCAUUACUAUUGUGUCAUAAUUGUGGCAAUGUGAUAAAAGAGCUUUAGAACGAUUCCUUGAGGCCUUCCUAUCAUAAGUUGGUAGGAGCAUGGAUUCUUUGUUAGUAUUACCUUAAACUCGUCCAUAAACCUCUGUGAUUUUAACUUACAACAUCUACAGGGUGUUUCAGAAUUUGUGUGGGAUAUUUUAGGGUAUUAUUUCCGGAUAAGAAACAUAUCCAAUUAUCAUAUUUAAACCGUCCGGAAGUCCUUAGUUACUCAAAAGCCGCCAUUUUGUUUUUUAUUUAUUAAUUUUUUUUAAUGGUUAAACAUACAAAAUAUAAAAUUUGCACAAACAUUUAUGACUACUAGACAAAGCUGCAAACAAAUUAUGACAAUUCUUCAAAUUCAUAAAAGAAAAUGUCGGCCAUUUAAAAUUUAGUUUCUUAAGCAACUCAAAAACUGUUGAUUUUACAAAAAUAGACAAGUUUACCCUUUUUAAGGCAAUUGAAUUACAAAUUGAUUGACUCCUUACUUUUUAAGAUUGGACGAAUAUUAACUGAGAUAUGGCAGCUUUAGUGAUACGCGACCGCCGGAGGUUAGUUGCAGUGCAUGCCGAGGAUUAUUUCACACAAUAAUAAAAUAUUACAUAACACUAAAAGUUUAUUAUUUUCUUAUCAAUUAUCUUCUAUCAUUAGGAUGGCUUAAAAAUUGCACUAAUUAGUUUGUAAACAUGUACGUAGACUUUCACCACAGCUGAUAUAAAAAGUUUGGGUGUUUUGUGUGAAAUUUUAAAGACAGUAAAAAGGUGUGCAAUUUUUAAGCCAUCCUAAUGAUAUAUAAUCAGGGCCAAUUUAUCGAAUAGGCUCGAGGCAAUUGGCUUUUUGGGGGGCGCAAACAAUUUGGAAAAUAAAAAAAAAUUGUGGUUGUAAUUGCAUGCAGGCGCGGUUAACUUCUGAUAAUUCCUCGCGGCCGUGUAGACAUCGUAAUCGUAUCCCAGGAUUGCGACAAAGUUCUGAAUAUUUUCCGCAGUCGUGAGGAGAUUAUCAUCGUCUACCGCGAAUGAGGUGAAAUUCUGACCUUUUCCCGUGGUCGUGAGGACAUUAUCCUCGUCUUACACGAUGGCGGUAAAAUUUUAAUCGCCCCCCGCGAUGAAGACAUCAUUAUAUCGUCCCCUGGUCGUGUGGACAUAGUGAUUUUCUCCUGCUAUUGUGGCAAAAUGGUAAUCAUCUCCCGCUGACGUGGAGAUUAUCGUCUUCCAUGAAUGAGGCAAAAUUCUGAUCUUUUCCCGCGGUCAUGUGGACAUUAUCUUGCGCGAUCGCGGAAAAUUCUGAUCAUCCCUCGAGGCCGUGUGUAGACAUAAUAUCGUCUCCCGUGGUCAUGUAAACGUCACUGUUUCAUGUGCGAUUGCGGAUAAUUGAAAACUCCAGGUAGAAAUACAAAAUUCACGUAUAAUUCAAAGUUAAAAAAAAUCCCGCAUAAUUCCCGGGUUUUCCGGUUGGUGGACACCCUGUUAUAAAUAUUGCAAAAGGGUGCUACUAUUAGUUGUGCCUAGGGCGUUGGCACCGUCAAAAAUGGGCCUGUAGAUAAUUGAUAAAAAAAGAUACUUUUAGUGUUAUGUAAUAUUUUAUUACUGUGUUAAAUAAUCUAAAAUCGCUUAAAAAUAACUUGCAAAGCAGAAGGAGACUGUUGCAUUGUUGUGGCAGACUUUAUCCACUUUAUGCACUGCAUAGCAACUAACUUCCAGUGGUCACCUAUCACUAAAGCUGCCAUAUCUCAGUUAAUAUUCGUCCAAUCUUAAAAGGUAAGGAAUCAAUUGAUUUGUAAUUAAAUUGCCUUAAAAAAGUUAUUCUAGUAAAAUGUUUGUAAAAUUAACGGUUUUUGAGUUAUUUAAGAAACAAAAUUUUAAAUGGCCGCCAUUUUGUUUUAUGAAUUGUCAUAAUUGUUUUGUAGCUUUGUCUAGUUGUCAUAGACAUUUGUAUGUGCAAAUUUUAAAUUUUGCAUGUUUAACCAUUUUUUUUAUAUAUAACUAAUAAAGGAGAAAACAAAAUGAUGGCUUUUGAGUAACUAAUUACUUCCGGACGGUUUAAAUAUGAUAUUUGGAUAUGUUUCUUACCCAGGAAUAAUGCCCUAAAAUAUAACACGAAUUCUGAAACACCCUGUUUAAUAUUUAUGAGGGAUUCAAUAAUUCCUUAGCUUUAUGUUUAUUGUGGUAAUGAUCUAAUAAACGUGUUUAUAAAAUGUUAUUUUUCUUUUUUUCUAGAAAUUGUAUGAACCGGUACUUAAAUUUGUGAUAACAUACCAAGUGGUAGUUAGUUCAAAAAGGAAUAAGGAUGAAGUUGUAUUUUAACCAUCCAAUAAUGUGUCAACUGUUUAAUGUUAACUCAUGACAUUGAAACUAGUCUCUUUUUUUAGUAUUUUGAUUUUAUAUGUAGGAGGGAUUUAAGGAUUUAAACAUCGUAGGUGCCUUAAGGAAGAUAUUUGAUAAAAAAUGUGUGUUAAUUAUAAAAAAUUUCUAAUACUUGCACGUUAUGUAUUUUUUUGGACAAAUAAUUGAAUUUGCACUUCAAAACAGGCUUUUUCGAUACAUUUUGAUUGUCUAUCUGAAACUUAAAAUAUUUUGGAUUUUUAUUCUUAUAAAAUUAGGGAAAAUCUUAAUAAAAAUAGGCAUGAUUAAAAAAAUGUUUAAUCAUAGGUGCUCAAAGUGUUUAACUAAGUCAGUAUUGUAAUAUUGUAAUGAAAAUAUCUGACUAUGAUAUCUUAUAAAAUCAAAACUGUACUUGUAGGCUAAAUAGUAAACAAAGAAAUUGUAAUCAAUAAAUUUGUAUGAUUCUAUAUGAGAUUAUAAAUCUUAAACAAGAUCACA